AUGGCUGAUUCAGAUGAGAGAUAUCAAAGAGCAUUAAACAAUGAAUUCCAUUCAGAGUUUCUAGAAUUCGAGGGUCAGGAGGCAAACAAAGGGAUUGAUGUGAGAGAUCAAUUUGGAAAAAGAUUACACUAUUGGAGUGCAGGAGACAAUAUAUACACCGUUACAUUCAAAAAGAUUAAAACUAGGUUGCAUUGGUUUUUCAAUCCUGACACUUAUGAUAAAUAAUCAAAGAAGCACAUUUAAAGACAAGCCUAGUUAUAUAACAUCUAAAUUAUUUUGGGACUCAUCUUUAUAAUAGCACCUUUAUCUAUUGCUAUUACAGUGAUUUAGCCAAGAGUAGCAAGAGCAAAAAGAGAAUUCCUAAUGCAUUAAUAUGACAAAAUUAAGUAGAUUUACAAAUUAACUAAAACACUAGCAUGA